AGCAGGGCCGGGGCGGAGCGCAGAGCCGCGGCAGGACCGAGAGGAGGGGCGUGUUGCUGCUGGCCCUCCGCGAGCCGCCCCCAGCCCGACUCGAGGUGCCCUCCCGCCAGGCCGCCUGCCUCCGCCUUCCGCCUCCCUCCAUUUCCCCGGAAUCUCAGCCCGGCGCGCCUGCACCCCGGCGCCUCUCUGGGUGGGGAAGCUCCCGGUUGCUCUCUGGCUUGACUCCUUCCUCGCAGCCUGGACUCCCGGGUCCCUCUGCCCUUUACCGGAGUGGACCCCACCGCCCUCGGGUCCCUCCCUUUCGCUCGGGCUCCCUGCCCCUGCCCUUAGCCGAGUCGCAGUUCCUCAGUCACUUUUCUCAGCGUCAGGUCCCAGCCUUCCCCCUUCCUUUUCCUUGCCUGGGGUCCAGCUAUCCUGCCCCUUCCUCCGCCCCUAGAGCGCCUUCUCUUUCCCCGCCCCGUCUCGCGGGCCUGGAGUUCCCGACCUUUUCGUCUCCUCCGGUGGUCCUUCCCGGGUGCCUGUCCCUCUUCCUGGGCUUGGCGUUCUGGAUCGGGAACUCAGCCUCCCCGCAGCGCCAGUCUCCCGGAGGACUGCUUCCACAAAUACACCUCUCAGAAACAUGAACUUCUCCUAAAUACUAGUCCAGCCUCCUUCCACCUGCUGACCCCUUGCUUUCUAUGUCCCAGGUCUUACUCUAGCUUUGCUAAGGGUGAGGCCUUUGGGCCCGAGGGAGUGGCACCAUGCUUCGGUGGCCUGGCAUCUGUGGCCUGCCUCCACCGAGAAUCUUGCCUUCAUUGCUGGUGGUGGUAGCCUUGCUGGGGCUGCUGCCUGUCCUCAGGAGCCACGGCCUCCAGCCCAGCCCUACGGCCAACCCCAUCCGAAGCUCAGAGCCGCCCCGGGAACGUUCCAUCGGGGAUGUCACCACUGCCCCACCGGACGUUGUCCCUGAGAGCCGCCCUGUCAACCGGUCUGUCACUGAACACAGCAUGAAGACACGAAAGGUCUUUCCAGUUCUGGGCAUCGACUACGACCACGUGCGCACUCCCUUUGAGAUCUCCCUCUGGAUCCUGCUGGCCUGCCUCAUGAAGAUAGGUUUCCACGUGAUCCCCACUAUCUCGAGCAUCGUCCCGGAGAGCUGCCUGCUGAUCGUGGUGGGGCUGCUGGUGGGGGGCCUGAUCAAGGGCGUGGGGGAGACGCCCCCCUUCCUGCAGUCGGAAGUCUUCUUCCUCUUCCUGCUGCCGCCCAUUAUCCUGGACGCCGGCUACUUCCUGCCGCUGCGGCAGUUCACCGAGAACCUGGGCACCAUCCUGAUCUUCGCCGUGGUGGGCACGCUGUGGAACGCCUUCUUCCUGGGCGGCCUCAUGUACGCCGUGUGCCUGGUGGGCGGCGAGCAGAUCAACAACAUCGGCCUGCUGGAGAACCUGCUGUUCGGCAGCAUCAUCUCGGCCGUGGACCCCGUGGCCGUGCUGGCCGUGUUCGAGGAGGUGCACGUCAACGAGGUCCUGUUCAUCAUCGUCUUCGGGGAGUCGCUGCUCAACGACGCCGUCACCGUGGUCCUGUACCACCUCUUUGAGGAGUUUGCCAACUAUGACCGCGUGGGCAUCGUGGACAUCGUCCUGGGCUUCCUGAGCUUCUUCGUGGUGGCCCUGGGCGGGGUGUUCGUGGGCGUGGUCUACGGGAUCAUCGCCGCCUUCACCUCCCGCUUCACCUCCCACAUCCGCGUCAUCGAGCCGCUCUUCGUCUUCCUCUACAGCUACAUGGCCUACCUGUCGGCCGAGCUCUUCCACCUGUCGGGCAUCAUGGCACUCAUUGCCUCAGGAGUGGUCAUGCGCCCCUACGUGGAGGCCAACAUCUCCCACAAGUCCCACACCACCAUCAAGUAUUUCCUGAAGAUGUGGAGCAGCGUCAGCGAGACCCUCAUCUUCAUCUUCCUGGGCGUCUCCACCGUGGCCGGCUCCCACCACUGGAACUGGACCUUCGUCAUCAGCACCUUGCUCUUCUGCCUCAUCGCCCGCGUGCUGGGCGUGCUAGGACUGACCUGGUUCAUCAACAAGUUCCGCAUCGUGAAGCUGACGCCCAAGGACCAGUUCAUCAUCGCCUACGGGGGCUUGCGGGGGGCCAUCGCCUUCUCCCUGGGCUACCUCCUGGACAAGAAGCACUUUCCCAUGUGCGACCUGUUCCUCACUGCCAUCAUCACCGUCAUCUUCUUCACUGUCUUUGUGCAGGGCAUGACCAUUCGCCCCCUGGUAGACCUGCUGGCUGUGAAGAAGAAGCAAGAAACAAAGCGCUCCAUCAACGAGGAGAUCCACACACAGUUCCUGGACCACCUUCUGACAGGCAUCGAGGACAUCUGUGGUCACUACGGCCACCACCACUGGAAGGACAAACUCAACCGGUUUAAUAAGAAGUACGUGAAGAAGUGUCUCAUCGCCGGGGAGCGCUCCAAGGAGCCCCAGCUCAUCGCCUUCUACCACAAGAUGGAGAUGAAGCAGGCUAUCGAGCUGGUGGAGAGCGGAGGCAUGGGCAAGAUCCCCUCUGCCGUCUCCACGGUCUCCAUGCAAAACAUCCACCCCAAGGCCCUGCCUGCUGAGCGCAUCCUGCCAGCACUGUCCAAGGACAAGGAGGAGGAGAUCCGCAAAAUCCUGAGGAACAACCUGCAGAAGACCAGGCAGCGGCUGCGGUCCUACAACAGACACACGCUGGUGGCAGACCCCUACGAGGAGGCCUGGAACCAGAUGCUGCUGCGGAGACAGAAGGCCCGGCAACUGGAGCAGAAGAUCAACAACUACCUGACAGUGCCCGCCCACAAGCUGGACUCGCCCACCAUGUCUCGGGCCCGCAUCGGCUCAGAUCCGCUGGCCUAUGAGCCGAAGGCCGACUUGCCUGUUAUCACCAUCGACCCGGCCUCCCCCCAGUCGCCCGAGUCCGUGGACCUGGUGAACGAGGAGCUGAAGGGCAAGAUCUUAGGGCUGAGCCGGGACCCGCCCAGGUUGACAGAGGAGGAAGACGAUGACGGGGGCAUCGUGAUGCGCUCCAAGGAGACCUCGUCCGCAGGCACCGAUGACGUCUUCACGCCCGGGCCAAGCGACAGCCCCAGCUCCCUGAGGAUACAGCGCUGCCUCAGUGACCCGGGCCCCCACCCUGAACCUGGCGAGGGCGAGCCUUUCAUCCCCAAGGGGCAGUAGCCCGGGACCAGCGGUGGUGCCCGCCCGCCACAGACUGCCCCGAGCAGGGGCUGCUGGGAAGCAGGGGCGCCCCUCGUCCUUCCUCACCUGGACUGGCCCUGCCCCCACCGCAUGGCAGCUGGGCCCACAGCCCCCGUGCAGCACGGCUUCCCGCCUCCCUCCCAUCGGGCUGCCGUCCCAGCCACUCGGCGGAACUGCUGGGCGGGGAGGCAGGCCUGCCCUCCUCCUCCGGGCUCUCCCACACUGGACUAGGGCCUCUGGGUCUCCCGACCUCAGGGGCCACCCUGCCGCACUCCAUCAGCCUCCUCAUUCAAACCAAUCUUAGUUUCUAACCAAAGAGCCUCUGGCUCAGCCUUGGGCCCACGUGGGAGGGAAGGAGCCGAGGCCUCCUGGGUCCUUCUGUAACAGGGAAAGUCCAGGGGGCCGGGCCUGUGACAGCAGGAGGGACUGGUGACCGUCACAGCCCCGCCGCCUCCUGCAGGCCCUGCCACCCUGCCGGCCACCUGACCUGCCCUUACUCGGAGCUGAGGGCAUCGGUGAGCUUCUGCGUGGAGCUGGGACACGUUGCAUCGUGAUGUGACUCAGCUUUUCGGACUGUGCCCGCCGGGACCACCAGCCCUGCAGGCGCUGCUGCUGCGGGGGAGGGACCACCGGGCUCCAGAAAGUGCUGCCUUUUUUAUGUUUGUCUGUUCACUCUUCCGUGUACGAUUCUAUUUGCACAGAGGGCGUUCCUGUUUUACAAAACUCUGGCUCAACAGCUCUGGCCCUCCUACUCCAGAGAACUAGCCCUCUUCGUGCGUGCCGGUCUGCCUGCCCACUGCUCUCCCUCCUGUCCGUCCUCUGCCUCCUGGGCUCUUGUGUGAGGCCCCAAGUCUCUGAUUUCUGAAGUGGCCGCCACCCCAAAUCUGAUUCUCUCUAACUCAGAUGCCGGGCUCCUGGCCCCUUGCAGCUGGGCCCCGUCCUCAGUCCCUGAUGGUCUCUUCUUCCUCCCCCCACCCAGUGGCCCCUGGAUCUCCUCCCUCAAGUGCACCAGGCUGUGGCCCCAGUCCUCAGGGGAGCAGGUCUCCCUGAGCAUCUCCCACCCGGGUGGGACUGUUGGGGGUGGGGGAGUCCUGGGCACCCUGAGGCCUUUGCUCACAAGCACACACUCCUGCCCCCGCAGCCACCAUGACCAGGCCCAGGGUCGUGGUGUCUGUCCCCCCACACACACAGGGCGCUCGCUCCCCCAGGAUCGUGCAAUAGUCAGUCCCCUCUUCCCAGUGGACGGGCAGUGGGUGCUCAUCCGUCCCCCUCAUGCAAGUGCUGUUUUGGGCAGGAGUCACCACGCGGGGGUGACGUUGACAACCACGUUCAAAGCCACCACAGCCACCGCCGCUCUGCCGCUGUACAGAAGAAACCGAAUCUUUUUCAUAUUCUAAUAAAUCCGUGUGAGUUUUUAGUAGC